GGCGUCGUCAUGGAUUUGACGCGGUUGGCCGUGGACGCCGGCCAGUUCAUCAACCGGGCCGUCCAGUACACUGGGGAGAGUCUUGGCCAGGCCGAGAAGACUGACUUGGACCCCGGUCUGGAGGAGCUUCUCGGUCAGAUUGAUGCUACCAAGACAUGGACAGACCUCAUCGUGUCUCAGACGGAGGCUGUUUUGCAGCCGAGCACAGCCGCGCGACUCGAGGAGCGUCUAUACGAGCAUCUUGACUGGCCCGCCCCCACCCGACCUCGCGCUCAAGAGCUCCUGGGAGAGCAAAUGAUUCAAGCAGGGCUGGAGAUGGGAACCAACAGCCCUUAUGGAACAUCGCUGCUGAGGUGUGGCGAGGUUCAGAAGCAGCUCGGCGAAGCCCAGAGGAAGUUCGCCCAAAGCGCCAACAUCCAUUUUCUCAGUCCUCUGCGACGCUUCGGCGCUUCGGAAUACAAAACCAUGCAGGAGGAGCGCAGGAUGUUGCUGAACAAGCGCCUGGACUUAGACGUCGCCAAAAGCAGACUGAGGAGAGCGCAUGAGGCCGAACAAGAGUCCAGGAACCUGAACGCAAACCCGUUGGAGGACGACUACUUUUCGUCUCACGUGUCCUACAUGUUCAGAUUCAUGCGUGUCCGCUGGAUGAAGAUGUGGGCGCAGGAGAUCUCUCAGGCAGAGACGGAGCUGAGGAUUUGUGAAACUUUGUUUCAUCGUCAGACGGAAAUCACCCGACAGCUUCUGGGAGAAAUUAGCAACACCCACGAGAAGCACAUGCAGAGCCUGAACGACUUUGUGGAUGCGCAGAUGUGUUACUAUGCUCAGUGCAAACAACACGCCCUGGAACUUCAGAAACAGCUAGCCAGCAUUCCGGCAGUGCUGUGCUCAAACAAGUGGCAGUCAUCCAUCUCUAACGGAGCGUCCAAUCAUAGCGAGCCAUCCCCCGCUGAGCAAAAUGGACUCGACUCCUCCAUCGUUGUCGUCCACCACCUUCCAGAAUUUGACCAAGACUCUUGGACGACAGAAGGUUGCACUAACAACAACAACAACAACCGAGAACCUGAUCACACCCAUACAUCGGAACGGGAACAUCCGCCAUCUUGUGAGCCCACCUCUCCCUAA